AAGAGGAAGGUCAGAGAACUUUGGGAAACGGGAAAACUCUGGACUCUGGGAGAAGGGUCAGCGGGAAAAGGCGGGGCUUUGGGGACCAAGAGAGAGGAGAAAAGGGAGAUGAGAGGGUGAGAGGGGCCAGCUGCCAGGGAGCUGUUCGAGGGACCACACAGAAAAGGGCCUCACUAAAGCAACAAACCUGGUAUUUCUCAAGGACCAUAGGACUGAGGUGAAGUCAUGAAGUGCCUGCUGAUCUCACUGGCCCUAUGGCUGGGCAUCGUGGACUCACAUGGGACAGACCUUGAACUCAGCGAGAUACAGCGCAGGGGCCUGCAGGUAGCUCUGGAGGAGUUCCACAGACACCCACCUGUGCAGUGGGCUUUCCAAGAGAUCGGUGUGGACAGCGCUGACGACAUGGUCUUCUCAGCUGGCACCUUUGUGAGGUUGGAAUUUAAGCUCCAGCAGACCAGCUGCCACAAGAAGGACUGGAAAAAGCCAGAGUGCACAAUCAAACCAAACGGGAGAAAGCGGAAAUGCCUGGCCUGCAUCAAACUGGACCCCAAGGGUAAAGUUCUAGGCCGGAUGGUCCACUGCCCAAUACUGAAGCAAGGGUCUCAGCAGGAGCCUCAGGAGUCGCAAUGCACUAAGAUAGCACAGGCCGGAGAGGACUCCCGCAGCUAUUUCUUCCCUGGACAGUUUGCCUUCUCCAGGUCCCUGCGACCCAAAUAAGCCCUGGACAGGACUUCAUCUUACUUCCUGUACAGCUGUGGCAGUACCCAGCAGAAGCAUAUCGCCUCCCAGGACUUUCAACUCCAGGCUAAUAAAACUGCUGAGUCUGUUCCUUCCAAA